UUUUUCCCCUCUCUCUCUCAUGAAGAGCCAACAGUACUUAUAGCCACCCUUCACUCUUCCAAAAACGCUCCUUCACUUCCAUCAUUCCUUUCAUCUCUCACUUUCUUCUUUACAUUUUCCACUGAAACACUUUGAUACUCACACUAAACUCACCUGAACCUUACUCUAAUGGCACGACCACAACAACGGUUCCGAGGCGUGAGACAGAGACACUGGGGCUCUUGGGUCUCCGAAAUUCGUCACCCUCUCUUAAAAACAAGAAUCUGGCUGGGAACGUUUGAGACGGCGGAGGAUGCGGCUAGGGCCUACGACGAGGCGGCGAGGCUAAUGUGUGGCCCGAGAGCUCGAACCAAUUUCCCUUACAACCCAAACGCCAUUCCUUCUUCCUCUUCCAAGCUCCUCUCCGCUACUCUCACCGCCAAACUCCACAAAUGCUACAUGGCUUCUCUUCAGAUGACCAAACAGACGCAAACGCAGACGGAGACAUCCGCAAGAUUACGGCCGUUAUCCUUGGCGGAAACUGACGGCGUCAUGAAUGUGACGGCCGAGGGAAACCAGUAUAACAGGGGAGGAGUAACGGAGACGAUGAUGACGGAGAUCAAGUGGGAAGAUGGAAACGCGAAGAUGCAACAGAAUUUCAGGCCAUUGGAGGAAGAUCAUAUCGAGCAAAUGAUCGAGGAGCUGCUUCACUACGGUUCCAUUGAGCUUUGCUCUGUUUUACCAACUCAGUCGCUGUGAGAGACGGCUUUGUCGUUUUAGCAGCGCAUUCUUUUUUUUUAUAAAAAAAAAUAAUUUAUUUUCCUUUCAAGAAAACGGCGUCGUUAUGAAGGUAGUAGCUUAGAAGAAGAAAAAGGGUAAUUUCAAGACAUUUGAUCUGGAUUGGCCUUCUUUGAAAGAAACACUGAUUCUCGUUUCUACAAGAGCAAUCGAUCAUAAUGCUAUGUAUUGUAUAGUAUUAUUUUUUAUUAUAUAUAAGAAGAUGUUAUCAAUUUCGUCUUUGCAUCAUUUUCUCCAUGUAAACC